UUAUCUGCUUCAACUGCCUCCAAAAGCCGUUGUGCUUCAGUUUCCAAUUCCACUUCCCCUCCGCUUCGCCUUGUUCCCAAUUCAAUUCUACAUAUUUUGAUUUUUCGGAACCCUAAAGAGCCUUUAUUAUUAACUCAACUGGCCUUCUUCUCUAGUUUUUCCCUUGAGUUUUUCCGUUCUCGGUGUUCCCCAUAUGAUCCGUUAGCCAAAUUGGUCUCUACUGGUGUUCUUUAUCGUUUUGCUCUCUUUGGUUUUUUUUUUAACCCAAUUUAUCGGUGUUUUGUUUCUUCAUCGCGCUCAAUGAUGGAGUCCCCAUCCUUUUCAUCCUCCUCCACCUCCGAUUCCGGUACCACCGCCACCGGUGAUCAGAAUGCGGAGCGAAGUCGGAGAAGUGGCGACGCCCAUGGAGCUGUGACUUUUGAGCAAUCGCGUCGGUGGCAUGAUGUUUUCUGGUCGGGAAUAUUUAUCAUUCAUUUGAUUUUUCUGGCACUCAUUCUGGGGGUUCUCGGUCUCAAUAGGUUCAAGAAAAGGGAUAGGCUAAAUAUUGAUGUGUACACCGUACCGCUUUUCAAGCGUGAGCAUGGGUUGACCGAGGAUUACUGGCCGCUUUAUGCUGUUGCUGGAGGAGUUGGGACUGUUCUCGGAUUGAGUUGGCUGCUGCUGCUGGGUUCUUGUGCAAAUCAAAUGAUGAAGGUUUCUGUUCACAUACUGACCACUUAUCUUGCUGUGAUCAGUGUUUUGUGUUUCUGGGCUGAACAGUUUUUUUGGGGAGUUAUUUUUGCCACCGGAGCAGCUUUGCAGUUCUUGUACGUGAUAUCGGUCAUUGACAGACUUCCGUUUACCAUGCUGGUUCUGCAAAAAGCUAUGAAGAUGGUUUGCAUUCUUCCUGAGGUUAUGAGAGUGGCAUAUGCAUUUAUGCUUGUGGUGCUUUUAUGGAUGGCCUUAUGGUCUUUUGGUGCAUCAGGCGUUGUGGCUUCAAGCUUGAUUGAUGUUGGAUGCUGGUGGGUUCUUUUGAUUUUCUCUGUAAGUCUAUUCUGGACAGGUGCUGUACUCUGUAAUACUGUACAUGUAAUAGUGUCUGGGAUGGUGUUUCUCAAUCUUAUCCAUGGUGGUAGAGAUACAACUUCAGUACCUGCUAACUCCUUAAUAAGAUCUUUACAAUACGCCUUGACGAAAUCUUUUGGCAGCAUUUGUUAUGGCUCAUUAUUUACUGCUGCUAUUAGGACACUUAGGUGGGAGAUAAGGGGUUUCCGGUCGAAGAUUGGCAACAAUGAGUGUUUGCUUUGCUGUGUUGAUUUCCUUUUCCAUCUUGUGGAGACUCUUGUCCGAUUCUUUAACAAGUAUGCCUAUGUUCAGAUAGCUGUUAAUGGUAAAAGCUUUAACCGUUCAGCUAGAGAUGCCUGGGAAUUACUCCAGUCAACUGGUGUUGAAGCACUCGUAGCUUAUGAUUGUUCAGGUGCUGUCCUGCUAAUGGGCGCUAUCUGUGGUGGUUUGAUAACCGGAACAUGCUCUGGUGUUUGGGCGUGGUACAGAUUUGGUGAUAGAGAUAGAGUAUUUAUGAUUGGAACCACAUCUAUGUUGAUGGGGAUGGUCUUGGUUGGAGUGGCAAUGGUUGUGGUGGAAAGUGCUGUGACUUCCAUAUACAUAUGCUAUGCGGAGGACCCCUUAUUGAUUCGUAGAUGGGACACACAGUUUUUCAACCAGAUGUCUGAGACAUUACACCAGAGACUUCAAUACAGGAGUGCUCGAGCAAGGGAAGUUCUAACCCAAUCUCAACUUGAUUACCGUGUUCGACAAAACGCAUCUUUUGAUUAAUUUGUAUUCCUACUGCACAGUUUAUAUACUAUAUACCCCUUCGAUCUUUCUUGUGGGAGAAGCCAACAGUUGCCUCAGAUUUGGUCUUAUACAAAGAAAAAAGAAAAAAAAGAGGGUUUCAGCCUUGGCCCUUGGUAUGUAUGAAUAUCUAUACUAAAAAUUUGUAGUUUAUCUUUAAAUAUAAGAACAGAAAUAGUUUACCUA